AUGGUCUCCACUUGCAGCAUCGAUCGGGUCUUACUUGAUCUAGAGUUGCUGGUCCCGAACAGCUUCCGAUACCGGCAUGUUCCUUGCCGUGAUCGUGUUCGUGAUGCAAUCAAACGCAUGAAAUUUCUCAAAACAUUUGUUAUGUAUGCAAGAAAGUGGAGCCAAAGCAAUGAUUUGUACUUGCAAUCUGACGAUGUAGUGCAGAAGGUGAGUCUUCCAUCUUUCUUAUCUUGCGUUGAAGACACCUUUCACAAAUACGAGGAGGACAUUCACUCUCUUUCCCUUAGAUCAAAAGCGGGUAAAAGAUUACUUAAGCCAGAAAUUCAGAAACAGAUCGAAUUACUUGAGCAAGAAAUCAAAUUACUUAAGCAAGAAAUCAUCCAAAUUUACUUUGCUUUGGCAAGCAGCAGGUCAUUGCAAUCAAAUUCUUGGAUGACAGAUGAUGAACUAAUGAAAUUCAUAGACGUCAUCCUACAAAAUCUAGCAGAUUUGACAAAUGGCUAUAUGCAUCGCAAAAUUAGUGAAUCAUCUAUUUAUGCUGCUUUGAGUUCCCUUGAAGCAAAGCUAACAUUCUUCAAAAGCUUCAUUCCCUUUGGCAAAUUGCGAGGAACUGUAGAUAUUCCUGCCUUGCUGUUGGCUCACUUUGAAGUGGUGGCUUUGAACACAGCACGCCUCUCUUACAUGUGUUCUUUUUCGGAAGAUGAGGAUCUGCACAAUCCUGAGUUCUGCUCCAUGAUAUAUGAACAACAACAGAAAAUCACACCUGUUGAUUUUCAAGUCUACGAGAUUUAUAUGGACGUUCUUAGAGCUACAAGAUCCUCAAAAUCAUUGCAUGAUAGAAUGAGGGAUAAGCAGAUAUUGAACAACUUCAAUGAUUCUCUGAUAAGUCGUCUCUGGGAGUUGUUAUGCUGCAGCUCUAGCUUUGUGGAUUCUAUGAAAGAUGAGAUGCCAAUACUCUAUGCAGGACUGAGGUUUUUGAGAAGCAUUUUAAGGGAGCAGCAGGAGAAGAUGAAUGAGCAAAACGAAAAAAUUGGUGCUCUUCUUUGUGAGGCAGGCAUUAUAAUUUGCUCGCCUUCUCUAAACAGAGUGAAGGAAGGAGAAGUUAGCUUCUUAGAAUCCACAGAGGUCCUUGAUUGUUGUGAUAUGCUGGCUAAUACCAACACCCAUCUCAAGCAUUUUAAGGAUCAGAUCAGUGGCUCAAGCGUUAUUGAAAGUCUUCCUUCCUUUCAUAGCUUAAGAGCACCAGAAGUUAGCAAGACUUCCACCCACAUGCUAUCAAAAGGUAAAAUGCCAAUAGCCCAUGAAGUCAUGGUUGGUCUUGAUGAUGAGGCAGAAAAAGUAAUUGAACGACUUGUAAGCGGAUCAAAACAGGUGGAAAUUGUUCCCAUUGUGGGAAUGGCUGGGCUUGGUAAGACAACUUUAGCCAAAAAAGUUUACAAUGAUAGUUCAGUAAUCUAUAACUUCCACAUUCGUCUUUGGUGUAUAGUUUCUCAAGCCUAUAACAUGCAAAAUGUGUUACUUCAAAUUUUACACUCUGAUGGCAAACAUUCGAGGAUGGAUGAUGAGUUUCAAAAUCUGGAUGAACAUGCGUUGCUUCAAAAGCUCUACCAAAAGCUGAAGGGGAAUCGGUAUCUUGUUGUUUUUGAUGAUGUCUGGGACAUUGAAGUAUGGAAUGAGCUGGGAAUUUCAUUCCCGGAUGACAAGAAAGGAAGUAGAAUCAUCUUCACAAGUCGAUCUUCUAAUGUGGCUUCACAGGUUGAAUAUGGGGGGAAACCUCACAAUCUUCGCCCACUCAGUGAGAAAGAAAGUUGGGAAUUACUGCAGAAGAAGGUUUUUGGAAAAGAAGAUUGUCCUCAAGCAUUUCAUGGAUUGGGAAUGGAGAUCGCCAAAAAGUGCAAAGGAUUGCCACUUUCAAUUGUUGUUGCAGCUGGAGUCCUAGCAACUAUAGAGCAUGAUAUUUGUGUUUGGGAAGGAUUUGCUGAAAGUUUAAGUUCAACCACGGUGUCUGAUGCAGAACAAUGCAAAAAGUCGAUGGAGCUCAGUUAUGAGCAUUUACCAUAUCACUUGAAGGCCUGCUUGCUGUAUUUUGCUGCAUUUCGAGAGGAUGAAAAAAUUUGUGCCAUGAAGUUGAUGUGUCUCUGGAUUGCAGAAGGGUUUGUGGAAAAAAUUGAAGGAGAGAGACUGGAGGACAUUGCAGAAGAAUAUUUGAUGGACCUAAUUGGUCGAAACCUAGUUAUGGUAAGUGAAAACAGAUCCAUUGGAGGAGUCAAAACUUGUUACAUUCACGAUUUGAUAUUUGAGUUCUGUAAGGGUGAGGCGAAAGAAAAGAAAUUUCUUCAGGUCCUGCGAGGAUAUGAUGAGCUUUCUAUCUUUAAUGAACCUCCCAACCUACCUCGGUUGUCCAUUUGCUCCAGUGAAGAGGAUUUUAUAAAGUCAAAGCUAUUUUGUCCAUAUUUAGGUACUCUGGUAUUCUUUGAUGCUACUCCAGGACGUAAUAAGUUUAAGUUGCUUAAUAUCUCCUUCCUUUUUUGCAUCUACAAACAUCUUAAAGUUCUGAAUUUAGAGGGCAUUAACCUAAGGCUGAAGGAACUCCCAACUGAAGUCGAAUCACUUCUUUGUUUGAGGUACUUAGCCCUUACAGCUUGGAAAAUGAAAUUCAUUCCCCCAUCUAUAGCCAAUCUCUCACAUUUGGAAACCUUUCGUCUAAAAUCUGGUGAGAAGAUUUCAUUGCCAGACUGUAUCUGGAACAUGAAGAAGUUGAGGCAUGUACAUGUAAGGCGUGUUUGUCUUCCUUCCAAUAAAAACGUUGUGGAAAUUCUCUGCACCCUACACAAUUUAGACACACUCUCUACUCUGUGUCUUUUUCGUCGAGGGGAAGAGAACAUAUUGAGAAGGAUUCCCAAUAUUCGCCAACUUAAAAUUUUCAAUUGUUGGGGAAAAAGAAGAGUGUGCUGCGACAUGAGUCGACUAGAAUGCCUAGAAUCACUCACCUUAGGGGGCUACAACUUCUCAGGUUCACGGGAACAUGUUGGGCUUUCUUUUCCCAAGAAUUUGAAAAAGUUGUGUCUUUCCAACCUGGGUCUAUCCUGUCGAAAAAUGUCAUUGAUUGAACAAUUACCCAAUCUUGAAGUCCUCAAAUUAAGACAGCGGUCAAUGGACGGCCAAAAAUGGGAGAUGAUGGAAGGAGGAUUCCCUAAACUCAGGGUCUUGACGUUGGAAGAUGUAGAGGUUGUGGAGUGGAUAGAGACAGACCUUGACAGUGAUGAUUACUUCCCGUGCCUUCAGCAAUUAAAACUCCACAGAAUUUCUUAUUUGGAAAUGAUGCCUGCUUGUUUAGGGCGUAUACCAACUCUUGAAACCAUUAAGAUGAAUGUUUGUGGAGAUGGUGUCAAAUCUUUAGUAUGGGAAAUUGCAGAAGAACAGAAAAAUUAUGGAAAUGAGAAUCUGAAGAUCAUUUAUGGAAAAUAUUGAAGGGCAUCAGCGGGUACAAUAUCAGGGAGUGCUACGGUAGUGCUCAUCUGUGUGGUUUGGCUUUCUUUGGUGCUUUUGUAGAAGAUUUGAGGUAACAGUAGGCUCUUUUCUUGUCAAGAUAUGGUGGAAACAAUGAAUGAGGUUUGUACACCAUUCACAAUUUUAUCAAUCUGCAUGGCAGCAUAAAGGCCAUGCAGAUAAUUUGCUGUUGGCGUAUUUUGUGUAAUUUCGUUUUGCUGAAUUUAGUAAUGGUUGUGUGUUAUUUCUUUUCAAACAUGUGUGAAUUUGCUGAAUUGGGAGAGUGUACGAAGAUACUACGCAAAUGGUUGGCCUUUUGCUCUCAAGAAACUCUGUUAUCUUUUUUCAUUUUUUUUUUCUAUUUGAGGUAGAAAUUCCAUCAUUUUG